UGAUGACUGAACCCACAUGCCUCUUUUUAUCCUUCUUGCCAUUUUCAUCUCUCUCUCUCUCCUCUUCUCUCUCUUUCGGCUGAAGAGAGAGAUCAAUCAUGGUUUCUAAAUCAACCGAUUCUUCCUCGAGACAGAGAAGAUUGCAUGAGGAAGAUGAAAUGGACACUCUUGAUACUCUUCCAAGCAAAAUAAACCAUCUGAAAAAGAAAAUUCAGUCAGAAAGAGCUGUUUCAGUCAAAGACAAGAUUGAAGCGAACAGAUUGAAUCUUGAAGCUUGUGUUAGCCAGCUAAAAACUCUGGCCACGUCAAGAAACACUGUCUCGAUUUCAGAAGAGAGUUAUAAAUCUACAACGCUUGGUGUUGGAUUUCAAAGUCAUCUCUGCAAGCUUAGUGGCCAUCCUCAAGGAUAUGGAGACAAGGAUUAUGUUAGCAGCCAUGAGAUAUUCUACUCAACAAGUACUAGGCUUCCUCGUGUAGUGAAGAUUCCACCUUACACUUCGUGGGUUUUCUUGGAUAAGAAUCAGAGAAUGGCGGAGGACCAAUCGGUGGUUGAUAGAUUGAAUAUCUAUUAUGGUUCUCAAGGAGGAGAAGAAGCGCUGAUAUGCAGUGAUAGUGAUGAAGAAAUUGUGGAACCUGAGGAAGAGAAACAUGAAUUCUCUGAGGGAGAAGACCGCAUAAUAUGGAUGGCUUUUGAAGAACAUGGUCUCAGUGAGGAUGUAAAUAACAUUGUCAGCAAAUAUAUUAGUGGCACUACUUUACAGAUACAGGAGCGCUACGACUUGCUCAAGAAUAAAUAUCAGGGAAACCAAGAAAUGGAACCUGAAGAAGAGAGAAAAACAAUUCUAGAUAAAAGCCUAAGUGCAUCAAUGGACUCAUUAGACAAUCUUUUUUGUCGACGGUGUAUGGUAUUUGAUUGCCGCCUGCAUGGCUGUUCUCAAACUUUAAUUUACUCAAGUGACAACUUGUUAUAUUCUUCUGAUUCUGGAGACAACGGGAAACCUUGCAGUGACCAGUGCUACCUCAAGUUGAGAGUGGUUGAAGACUUGGAUAUGAAAUCCUUACAUGGAAAUGAAACUAGAAGUUCAGAUGAGGGAAGCACUUCCAUAACCACUAAUCCAGAAAGGCAAGAGAAAUACAACAUAUCAAAGUCCACAAAUGUGUUGCCAGAGGACUUAACAGUGGUUUCAGAUUAUUCCAAUAGCUUGUUUAUGAAAAGGAGAAUUUUUUUAUCUGAAACCAGUUCCAUCACCAGAGCUGAAGACCUUGAAAAUAAUACACACAAGAAGGAUGAACUCCUUAAGCCCAUCCAAAAUCCAGUCAAUUCCAUUAAUAUUGCAAGUGACAAAUCUGACCCUAGAUAUGGGGUUCCUAGGUUUGAAAUUUUGGAAAGCAUUGCUGAUGAUACUAUAAGCACAAUCCAGACUUCAAAAAUGUUGGAUGUGAAGCAAUUGUCCGAUCCUGCAAAAGCACAAGUAGAUGGUACUUUUCGCAGUUGUGAAUGGAAACCUCUUGAAAAAGAGUUGUACUUACAAGGAUUAAAAGCUUUCGGCAGUAACAGUUGCCUCGUAGCUAGAAACACGCUUUUGGGCCUGAAGACUUGCACAGAGGUAUACAACUAUAUGUAUGACGACGGAGCAGCGAUGACUCAUGGAGCACAUUCUGGGCUAAAUCCGUAUGCUCAUGACCAUGGGAGAUCUGAUGCAGAUUAUAUGGAUCCAGAAACACGACCAAGGGUAUUCCGUAGAAGAGGAAGAGCUCGGAAGCUUAAAUAUACCUCUAAGUCAGCUGGACAUCCAUCUAUGUGGAAAAGAAUUGCAAAUGGGAAAAACCAAUCAUGUAAGCAGUACACUCCAUGUGUGUGUCAGUCUAUGUGCGGAAAGGACUGUGCUUGUCAAAUUAAUGGAACUUGUUGUGAAAAGUAUUGUGGGUGCUCAAAAAUCUGCAAAAACCGAUUCAGGGGAUGCCAUUGUGCUAAGAGUCAAUGCAGAAGCCGUCAAUGUCCAUGUUUUGCUGCAGGACGUGAAUGCGAUCCAGAUGUUUGCAGACAUUGUUGGAUUAGUUGUGGGGAUGGUUCCUUGGGCGAGCCCCCAAGAAGGGGAGAAGGUCAAUGUGGGAAUAUGAGACUCCUUCUAAGGCAACAGCAACGGAUCCUCUUGGCAAAAUCAGAUGUGACUGGAUGGGGAGCCUUCUCCAGGAAUGCUGUCAACAAAAAUGAUUAUCUUGGAGAAUACACUGGUGAGUUAAUCUCACACGGAGAAGCAGAUAAACGUGGGAAAAUGUAUGACCUUGUAAACUUGUCGUUUCUUUUCGACUUGAAUGAUCAGUAUGUACUGGAUGCCUACCGCAAAGGAGACAAACUGAAAUUUGCAAACCACUCAUCAAAGCCCAACUGCUAUGCAAAGGUAAUGAUGGUGGCUGGGGAUCAUCGUGUUGGAAUAUUUGCCAAGGACAAUAUUGAAGCUUGUGAUGAACUCUUCUAUGAUUAUCAGUAUGGUCCAGAUGAAGCCCCUGUGUGGGCUCGAAAACCAGAUGGUGCAAAAGGAAAUGAUUCGUCUAAUUCUCUCAUUAAAGGCCAAGCCAAGAAACACCAAUCUCACUGAUGAGCCUGCAUUCUUGGCCAGGUUCUUUUAUGCUAGCGACAUUGAGACAUAUUAUUAUUAUUAUUAUUAUUAUAAGUUUCUUGAAAUAAGGCCACAGCUAAGAAGGCAAAAUGUAAGUUACUCACCCAUACAAUAAUAAGCUGGAAACUAGUACUCAUAAUGUUGGUUGUUGUUGAAAUUAUCCUUUUUUAUUGCUAUAAUAAUUGAUAGACAGACAAGUA